GGGGGGGGGGGGGGGGGGGGGGGGGGGGGGGGGGGGGGGGGGGGGGGGGGGGGGGGGGGGGGGGGGGGGGGGGGGGGGGGGGGUGUGGGGUGUCGGGUGUGGGGUUUGGGUGUGGUGUCGGUGUGCGUGUGUGUGUGCGUGUGCGUGUGCGUGUGCAUUUCAGUGUUCUCUGAUUACACACCACACACCCACCCACACCCACACCCCACACCCACACCCCGAUUAAAAUCACAAAGCUCAUCGAGUAAGUGCUUAUCUUUUAUGUUUCGGUCACACAAGCACUACAAACUUCUUCUAUGUUACAAAGGCAACGGCCACUCGCAACAUGAGUAUUUCCAAAAACCUGAAAAAGAAUCGCCAAUUUUCGAAUGCCCUAUUUCAUUACGUACAUAGGACAUCUUCAAUGGGUAUUGAAAUAGUUCUUGAAGCGAUUCACGAUUAACAGACUCAAGAAGUUCUAUCGAAUGAGUACCCUUUUCUAAACACUGUUCCUUCAUCCAUAAAAGUCAUGAAAUUCUAGGAACACCAGUUACUAUUCCCCCACACAAACAUCUAUAAAUAAAGUUGAUAAAUCAAGAUAUAUCUCGAUCUGGGCUACCCAAUCGACACCUUCAAAGCUCGAUUCCAUUUAGCUAUACAUGUAAAAUGCGAUCAAAACAAUCUCCAAGAAACAGGGUAUUAUUGAUAACACUAAUCAUGAUUUCUGCACAUGUCGAAUGAACGCUAUAAACUUAUGAAGCUAGGCUUCCGUUCGGACUUUUCAAUGCACGCUUACGUGCCUGCUCUGAAAAAAAAGAGGAGUUUUGCAGAACCUUCACAAGGUUCUGUAGAAUUUUUUAUCCUUUUUUUGAGACUUUGAACACAUUUGGAGCCUUUUCGAAAUCUACAGAAACUUUUCGAAGGAUUCUGCAAAACACCUCUUUUUUUUCAGAGUGGCAUGGAUUGCAUAGGGAAAAUCACGCCCGGAGCCCAGCUCCAAUCGGGAUCGACGUUUAUCCAUCAAUUUCAUCGUUUAGUCCAGUAUACUGACUGCUCUAGGUAACUUUGUUUUGGAUUUCGACAUCCUUUUUUUAGAAGGAGUCGCAUCAUUUCUAAUGGGCCUGUGAUUUUCAAGAGUUAUUGAGUCCUAUAUCAGAGGUCUAUGAAAAAGAUGCACGGAUUGAGAACUCAAGGUUUUGAAAGGAAAAAAACAAACUGUAAACCACACCACUACUCACACCCACAUCCAAGCUCUCAUGAGCACCCUCAUACACUGUAAAAAACUGGCGCAGAAUCAUAAAUUCUUCAAAAGAGUUUAUUAGCCUCAUAAAUCCUAUCAUAUACCCAUUUUAGGUUCACAAACUCUUCAAUAUACCUUUUCAAUUCAUAAACCUUGACAAGGGUGUCUUAUACAUUGCACUUUCAUAAAUCGUUUAGGAUAUGUAAGUAUUCAUAUACCCUUUAAAAGGUAUAUCGGCUGCAUAAACCCUUAUAGGAAGCACUUAUUGAUAUACCGUUUAGAAAAAAAAUUGUAGAAUAAGAAACCCUGCUGAGAAAGGUUUAUGGAGUCGAUAUACCUUUCAAAGGGUAUAUGAAUACUUAUAUACCCUAAAGGAUUUAUGAAAGUACAAUGUAUAAAAUACUCCUGCCGAGGUUUAUGAAUUAAAAAGGUAUAUUGAAGGGUUUGUGAAACGAAAAUGAGUCUAUGAUAGAAUGUAUCAGGUUAAUAAACUCUUUUGAAGGGUUUAUUAUUCUCCGCCAACUUUUUACAGUGUACUCGUAUCAUAUCAUCACUUAGUAGUCAGAAAAGCGCCUUGCGCAAGUUCUGUCGUGCGCAUUCUUCGCGACCCUCUAUAUCAACCCAUCAUUUUUGUCUCUUGAUCUGCUGCCUAAGUGAAUCGUUUCGAAAAUUGGUCCAAUCCUGAUUCUGGCUAUCGGGGUGUGAAUGUGUGUAUGCGGGUGUGGGUGUGAGCAUGAGGGUCUUUCUUAUUGCAGGACCCACAGACCACAUCCACACCACCCACACCCACACUCUGCAUUUUUUAUCCGGUACUUUUUUCUGUUUUGCUCUUUUGUGAUAUAAAUUCUUUUCAAAUACCCUUUGUUCUUUUUCUUAUGGUAUAGUAACGUCUUAAUUUCUCUUUUCUCCUAUGAUCUUUUGUUUCUCGAGAACGUCUAAAAAUCAGUCUAAACUAACAUCACCAAACAGACAAUAAAACGCAUUUAUCUGUGAAAGGAAAAAGAAGACGAUGAGCUUAUUGUAACAUCAAGAAAGCAAAUUUUCAAUGAAUCAUCAAGCGCUUUACUUGCAAAGUCCUAUGUUGUUUAAGAGAUGUUUUUAAUUAUCAUAAUAUUUUUAUGUAGCCAUUUUGAAUUAAAAUACAAUAAAAAGGUUGAAAAAUGUGUUUUUCGAUUAGAGAAAAAUUCGGUUCUCACAGAGUUAAAAAAAUCAUAGAAUAAAACUGUUUACAAUUUGUAGCUUUGAAAUAAAUCAUGAGAAAGCGUAUGUUAGGAUCCGACAUCUAUAUAUAUAUAUAUAUAGAUGAUCGAUCCUCCUUCUGAUUUCCAUAUCAUCUCUUUCGUUCCUUCUUCUCUCGAGUCUGUCGAAAAAGUGUGAUUUUGUCAUGUCGUGUGAACAGUUUUAGGUUCUUCAUAUUAUUUUAAAUAAAGAAAGUUCGGAACCUAACAAUGGUGCACUAGCCUAUCUUUUCUUAAAAACUAAAAUAAAAAUUCCGCGUGGCAGGCAAAGCAAAUAUUUGGCUAGAAACAACAUUGAUGAACAUAAAAUCUACUCGAUCUACCACUGAUUUUACACAAACAGAUAUGGAUUCUUUACUUUUAUCAACCAAAAACGAAAAACAACCAUUAUUAGCAACGACAAGUUCUGCACAAGUUAAUAUUAAUCCUGCACAUACAUCAACUGAUUUAGAUGAAAAUGAAAAACAACAUCUGACAAUAACAACCAAACCGCUAGGUCAUAAAAUAGAUGAUCAGCGAUUAGUCAAAGAUGAUCAACAACGUCAACUUUUAAUUCGACAGCAUUUAAGUUCAAUACAAAAAUUUGAUGGACAUGCUAAUCCAAAAAUUUGGUUAAAAUCUAUUAUAGAAAAAUUUGAUUUAUUACAACUAACAACUCUUGAACGUAAUGAAUUAAUUUCAGAAAUUUUAACUGGUGAUGCACUUAUUUGGUAUAUUGAAGAACAAGAACACAUGCCAACUUUUAUGACAUUUAUGAAACAAUUUUUGCAAUAUUUUGGAAACCAAGAAUUGAAAACGGACCCGUCAACAGAAAUGAUAUCAUCAUGUACAACAUCAAAACAAUUAGAUGAUUCUCAUACUCAAGACACUGUUACGAAUUGCUUACGAAAUCAAUGGUUAAUUACGAAUCUCGAAAAAUUACAAAAAUAUUCUGGAAAAUCGCAACAAAAUGUAUCUAAAUGGUUAAGAGAACUUCAACAAACAUUGAAUAUCUUUAAAUUAACGGCUGAUGAAAAACUUUUUUAUGUCUCUUUAUGUUUAGAAGGUGAUGCACGAGAUUGGUUUUAUGAUAAUCCGGAUUUAUGUGCAACGUGGUCCAUAUUUACAAAAAAUUUAU